GUACUUCUUGGGGACAUGGGAGCAGGGAAGACAAGUUUGGUUCUUAGAUUUGUGAAAGUCCAAUUUUCUGAGUACCAGGAAUCAACAAUUGGGGCAGCGUUCUUCACUCAGGUUUUGUCUUUGAAUGAAGCCACUGUCAAAUUUGAUAUAUGGGACACAACAGGGCAGGAACGUUACCAUAGUUUGGCCCCUAUGUACUAUCGUGGUGCUGAUGCUGCCAUUGUUGUCUAUGACAUUACAAGCAUGGAAUCUUUUGCGCGAGCAAAGAAGUGGGUUCAACAAGUGCAACGACAUGCAAAUCCGAGUUUGAUAAUGUUUUUGGUGGCUAACAAGGCUGAUUUGGGAGCGGAGAGAAAGGUUGCGAAUGAGGACGGUGAAGAAUAUGCGAAAGAAAACGGAUUGUCUUUUCUUGAAACUUCAGCAAAAACUGCACAGAAUGUGAACAAGCUCUUCUAUGAAAUAGCAAAGAGAUUGGCAAAAGCAAACCCUUCACGCCAAACUGGAAUCAAGCUGCAUCGCAUACCUCAAGAAACCAGAAGAAGCAGCUUGUUUUGCUGUGUUUAUGCAGGGAGAUGGGUUUGUGGACACUACUAGAGGGGUUCUUGCUCCUUGCAAAUGCACUGGCAAUAACAAACGAGGAUCGGUUUCUUGCACCGAGAGGGUGGGGCUUCUCAGAUAUUUCAGUUGGGAGGACAAAGUCCUUGAAAGGCCAGAUUAUAGGUCUCAUUCAUGCAAGUCCGUACAUGAGAGUUCCUCUCAGUACUUCUCAACACCAUCUUCAUUAUUGUAAAGUUUCUGUCCGGAAGAUGAUGAUGAUAAGCAAGCUGCGAUGUCAAUGCUUUGUUAGAGUUUAAAAUUUAAAUGAUAUGCUCCGUAUAUGUGUGUGUCAUCCGAUUGUUUCUAAGACUCAAGAUAGUGGUUGAGUUAAAUUGUUGACUUAAGAUCAAACUGUUUUCUGAAAAUUAUUUUUCUUAAAGCCCCCAACUAGCAGGGCAAACUUGAUUGCUGUUACAAUUGUUCUAUAUGUUAUAUUGUUAUGUAAUAUAUUCAUGUACACUUUAAACACAAUUUAAUUCGCAGUUAGUCAAUUCUUUUUUCAA